AUGAUAGAGAACGGAUACGUGCAGGUGGACGGAUGGGUGAGUGGUGGCUGGGUGACGGGUGUGGUUGGAUGGAUGGCUGGCCGUGGCUCCCCACAGCUGCCCAUUGUGGCCUCCUCCAUUGUCUCCCUGUACUUCCUGGAGCUGACCGACCUCUUCAAGCCGGCCCAAGUGGGCUUCCGCUGCUAUGACCGCACGCUCUCCAUGCCCUACGUGGAGACCAGUGAGGAGCUCAUCCCUCUGCUGAUGCUUCUGAGCCUGGCGUUUGCUGCGCCCGCCGCCUCGCCGCUGGUGCACAUCCCCGAGGAGGGGACUCAGGUGGGGGCCGGUCUGUCCCCCAAGAGUAGCGCCGCCGUGCGUGCCAAGUGGCUCAUGAUGGCCGAGAAGACCGGGCCGGCAGCGGCCGCGCAGCCCCGCGUGGCCAACCCACCGCGGCUGCUGCAGGUCAUUGCCAUGUCCAAGGCACCGGGCGGCGCGGGCGCGGCCACCAAGGCGGCCGAGACAGGCUCAUCGUCCAGCGCCAGCUCCGACUCGUCGCAGUACCGGUCACCGUCGGACCGGGACUCGGCCAGCGUGGUCACCAUCGAUGCGCAUGCCCCGCACCACCCGGUGGUGCACCUGUCAGCCGGGAACGGGCCCUGGGAGUGGAAGGUAGCAGGCGGUGGGGCCAAGGGGCCCGACGGCGACGGCGCCUACGAGCUGGGCGACCUGUCCCGGGGCUUCCGCGGUGGGCCCCGGCCACCUGGCCUGUCCCCUGGCUCGUCCAUUAGCGAUGUGGACCAGGAGGAGCCGCGCUUUGGGGCCGUGGCCACGGUCAACCUGGCCACCGGCGAGGGUCUGCCCCCACUGGGCGCAGCUGACGGGGCUCUGGGCCAGGGCAGCCGCGAGUCCACGCUGCGGCGAAAGAUCGGCAGCCUGUCGCUGGGUGAACGCGACGCGCCAAGCAUGGAGACAGAGGCUGAGAGCUACUACCGCAAGAUGCAGGCGGCGCGUGUCCACGUGUUUGGCCUGUGCGCCACGGCCCUGGUGACCGACGUCAUUCAGCUGGCCACAGGCUACCACGCGCCCUUCUUCCUGACCGUCUGCAAACCCAACUACACCCUCCUGGGGACGACGUGCGAGGCCAACCCCUACAUCACGCAGGACAUCUGCGCCGGCGCCGACACGCACGCCAUCCUCUCGGCGCGGAAGACGUUCCCUUCGCAACACGCCACGCUGUCCGCCUUCGCAGCCGUCUACGUGUCGAUGUACUUCAACUCGGUCAUCUCGGACACCACGAAGCUGCUCAAGCCGAUCCUGGUGUUCGCCUUUGCCAUUGGGGCGGGCGUGUGCGGUCUGACCCAGAUCACGCAGUACCGCAGCCACCCCGUGGAUGUCUACGCCGGCUUCCUCAUCGGCGCGGGCAUUGCCGCCUACCUGGCCUGCCACGCCGUAGGGAACUUCCAGGCCCCGCCUGCGGAGAGGCCGGCCGCGGCGGCGCCACCCCCGGCCAAGGACGCGCUGCGCGCCCUGACGCAGCGCGGGCACGACUCGGUGUACCAGCAGCACAAGUCCGCGAGCACGGACGAACUGGGCCCUCCUGGGCGGCUGGAGGGGGCGCCGCGGCCGGUGGCUCGCGACAAGAGCUCGCUGGGCAGCCUGAAGCGCGCCAGCGUGGACGUGGACCUGCUGGCGCCGCGGAGCCCCAUGGGCAAGGAGAGCAUGGUGACCUUCAGCAACACGCUGCCGCGCGUCAGCACGCCCUCGCUCGACGACCCCGCGCGCCGCCACAUGACCAUCCACGUGCCGCUCGACGCCUCGCGCUCCAAGCAGCUCAUCAGCGAGUGGAAGCAGAAGUCGCUGGAGGGCCGC